AUGGACGAACACGAAAUUAACAAUCUGGAACAAAUUAGAAACGCCAUUUUGAGAAAGAAUGAAAAAGGGGGGCAUCACUACACAUCUGUGAUUAAUACCAUCCUAUUAGUUGCCCAUUUUGUUCUGUAUGCCUCAAUCGUCUUUGUGCACUUCUCACAUCGGAAUGAUGAUUUUACGACCUGCUUCCACGAAGCCUUCUCCUCUGUCGUUAAGAAUGAGUAUGUCAGUACUCCUGACAUAGUAGUCAUUCAGACGGAACUCUCUGACAUGAUACAAGUGUUCAACUAUGGUCGAGUGGGUUUUUUGAAAUAUGAGUUGGAGGGGAGCAAGAAUUACGCCUUGUCUUUUUAUAACGCGAGUGCCAAUACAUAUGUAGAGUACUCAGUUGCGUUCCACGAGCUAUUCAAUUCGACGAUCUUCAAAUGGCAAUCGAGCAUAAGCAUUCGCCACUGCUACCACUGGUAUGAGUGGGUCCUGUUCCUCUUCCUUAACAUGAGCGCAGUGGUGGUGGCCUAUCGGAGGUGCAUAAUGAACAUCCUGCACUUCUUCCUAGUUGCCCUCAUCGACCUGAGCAUCCUCUACGAGCAAUUUAUAGGAACGGUUGAGAAUUUCUCUGUGCACGAAAAAGGCGUCGAUCUGCUAAUCUGCUCCUACUACCUUCUCCUCAUUUUAAACGUCUUGAAAAAAUUGUCCACUCACUGGAAGGUCCUUGUCAUCCCGGUGCAAAUAAUUCAGACAACUGUUCAGCAGAACUACAUGCUGCUUCUCUUUCUCCUGAGCUUCCUCCCGCUGAUACUCAUUAAUUAUUUUUCUAGCGGGGAGAAGUUCCAGGGCUACUUCAGCUCCGUCUUCAUCUUCCAAGAUGACUCAAAAUACAAGAACGAAUUUGUAUACAACUUUUUUGUUGUUAUAAUAUACAGCUUCUUCUUUGUGCCCAUGAUUACAGUUGCGUCUACCGCGACUACCUUUUUGCUGAUAAACAAUCAUAGGGACCCUUUCGAGUUUAAACCUCGAAGUUGUCAUCUAUGGGUCAAACUAAGGGAGUACUUUUUUUUCCUCAAGGAGAAAAAUCAGAGAGUAAAAAAGAGAGGAGCUGUGCUGAGAGAGAAAAAGAAGAAAAUAAAAAUAGACAUCCUCAAGAUUGGCAGCGUGAUUCUUUUUUUUCUUUUUCUUAUAUUUUUUGUGCUGAAAAUAUUUUUUGACCAGAAUACGAUGACCCACCUUGAGGCGCAUUACGCGCACCAGCUGGAGGCGCCCUUCGUUACGAAGGCGGGAGGGGAAAAAUCCUUCGACACGCUGACGCAGCCGUCCGAGUAUCUACAGUUCCUCAGCGCCGUCGUGAUAGAUAACAUAAUGAGAAAUAAGAAAAACCUGGACAAUAAAAAGCUGUUUAAACUGGAAGCGGCCUUCGAGGGACAGAACAUCUUUGUGUACGAAGACGUCUUCCACAUUUUCCCCUAUGACGUGUUGGUGAAGAUAAGCGAUGGGGAGGCAGUGUCGGAAGAAAUAGCCGUGGAGAAUCCCCUGCUUUCAGACGCGCCCGCCACGGACGCGCACGCACUGCGCCAGUACGAAGACACGUUUGACAACAGAAAGGAAGCCAUAAAACACUACGACGCGUAUUCCCUACUGUACAACUUUGAGAACAGCCUGUUCAUUCUAUUAAAUGCGUCCUUCAACGUCCAGAGCAACGGCCUGUUCAGACAAACCAAAGACGUCUUCAUACAGGAGAUGAACGAAUUUAAAAACGCGCAGUACAGAACUAAACUGAUCAUUUUGAUAUUCCUCUUAAUCGCAACAGCGGGUUAUUUGCUACUAGUAAUGUACACGCUGUAUUAUAUGCGGAAUCGAUUCUUCCUGCUGUGCUUUGGCUUCUUCUUUGCCAUUUGUGUUUGCUUCUUUUCAUUUAAUUUUAUGACACUGAAAUCUAUGAGUCACUCGUAUGACUACAUUGAGCAUAUAAAGGACAGGAACAUUGCAGACACGUUUUAUCUGAACAAGCUGGGGAAAUUCAAGUCACUGCUGGAGGAUUUGUUACGGAUAAAGGGGUGCAAAUUUUACGAGAAUUUCUUUUGUCACAUUAUUCUUGUCACAAUCGUGCUGAAGAUUUAUUGCUUUUUCUUUUUUAACUAUUUUCUUUCAUUUAUCAAGUACAAGUUUCACUUCCUCUUCGUGACGGCGUCGGUGUUCAUCUUCGUCUCGUUGACGUCCCUCUUGAGCUCUUACACCUACUCUAACACAAGCAUAGGCCUUCAAAAAUGGACGAUGCUGUUUUACCACGUCCAGACGAGCAAAAAGUACUUCGCCUAUGAGCUGCUAAUUAGUUUCAUUUUCUUUUUCUUCCUCUUCUACAUCACGUCGAUAUAUUUGUAUAUUUUUUUAAAAAAAAAUGAAAACAAGGUAACAGUUAAGCUCAAGGAAAGUCAGGAGAAUUCACUUCCCUUUGACGACCUAGUCCUUGACGAUCAUGACAUUUUGCUCCACUUCAAGGCCAUCCUCUACACCAUAGACAAGACAUUCGAAAAGGUGAGAAUACUAAAGGAGAGGUAUGAGGUAGGCCAAUUAUUAAAUCAGCAAAUAGAGUGGUAUAAUCAGUACUGCUAUCAGAAGGCUUUACAGGAAAAUGCGCUAAAUUGGUAUGGCCCCAAUGGAUGUGUGCCGCAGGAGGGGGGUCACUUCCCGUGUCACUUGGUCCAGGCGCCUUAUCCUAGUUGUUGGUAUGAUUGCGGAGUCGCAUCCCAAGUGGAGAGUGCAGCCCAAGUAGGGAGCGCUGCCGUGGUGCACAGGGAGGUGAGGAGUGACCAGGGUGGGGGUCGUCCUUCCAGUCAUACCUCACCACUCAACCAGGGUGGGGGUCAUCUUUCCAGUCAUACCGUACCAUCCAACCAGGGUGGUGACCUCGAAACGAACUCCCAAGAAAUGAACACGCAGCGAUUGCAAGGUGAAGAAAGAGGAGAUGUCUCAAGAGAUGAAUCAAGUCUGCGCGAAGACGAGGAAGUCGACGCGGUGGUCCCGUGUUCAGAAAACUACAACGAAGUUGAAAUGGUCCAGAAAACACAGAACAUGCACUUGUUUUUCACGAAGCUGCUGAAUGGGAAGUAUGACUUUGGCUUUUUGCAUAAGCGACAGGGGCAGAAUGCAGUGGGUGCCGCGAAUCCAGUGGAUAGAAAGCGCCACAAUCGACAGCCCCCAAAGAGGCUGUUGAAUUUCUUCAGAAAAGGGGUCUACGACAAGACAGCACUCCGGAGGAGGGAUAAAAAAAAGGAACAGAACAGAACCAAACUGAAACACAUGCUAUCCAAUUUGAUUGACGAUUUGGCUAGUAUCGAAAAAAUAAAAGUGUCACUCACGUAUGUCCUAUUUUUGAAGAUAAAGCGACACAUCCUGAUGAGGAACAUACGCCAAGUGAACAGAGUAACGGGCGAACUGAAGGCCGAGUACCAAAACCGAGUGCUCUACAAGAAGCACCUCAUCAAUAUGCAGCGGAAGAUGGCCAACGAGAUCGAUGAGAUGGAACGGGACAUACUGAUACGGAACAAGCUGAAGGGAACCCUCAUCCGUGUCAUAGACGACGGAACGUUCUACCAGAAGGAUGAGAAGGUCGAAAAGGAGAUUAAUAACCCCUCGAAGUCGACACCACAAUCUGGCCCCGGCGCAUUGGAAGAACCGAUACUUCCAGGGAAGCAACAAAAAGGAUGUGAGGCAACAAACAUGAAGUGA